AUGUCAAAAGAGCCAGGGUGCCCCCUGCCCGACUGGGCUUCCCUGUGUGCAGCGCCCUCGGCGACCUCGGAGCUGCUGCUGCUCAGCGUCGCAGUGCUGCAGCGGGAGUGUCUGGACAGUUUGUUCUGCAGCUCUGCGGCUAGGGCUACGGACUUUGCAGUCUCGUCUCAGGGGGAUUUCACUGAAUACGAGAUUGAGCACCGCCUUUGGGCCAUCCGCAUGAGUGUGGGGUUGCCGGAUGUGCCGCCUGUUUCCUUCCGUGAGAUCGCUACUGCCACCUCACCCUUGCGAGCUAGAUUGCCCUGGCUGCCCUUGGUGGACGCUGAAGCAGCCUUGGUUGCAUCUCUUGCGAGUGACACUAGCCAGCAGGGUCCACCUUGGGGAGGAGGAAAGACUGGUGAGGCACUGCAGGCUGUUGCACGUCUCGCCCAAGUAGAUCCUCCCUGGAGCUCCAUUCUUACUUCUGCGUCUCAACGGCUUCCGCACGUACUGCUGAAGCUGCUGAAGCUAGUGGGCCCACACAGCCUGCAGCGCCAGCUCUUCGAAAGAACCCCAGCCACAGCUCAUGAGGGAGAGCAGCAGCGGCUGGCGCCUGCAGGCGAGCUCGUGCUCGCUGUGUUGAGGCUUUGCCUGCAGCAGCAAGCUGCUUCCAGCCUUUGUAAAAGAAACGGUGGGGAGGGGAAAGUCCAGGCAGGGGGUUCACCGGGGGCCUCCAACGGCGAGUUGAGACACCAGCUUCUUCACACUCCUGUCCAACGUGACAGCAGCAACAGUGACGCGUUUCCUGCAGACACCGUAGAGGCAAAGAAGUUUUUGCAGCGGCUCGCUGCGGAGCGCGAGGCUCUCGAAACCUUGUCAUCUGCUGCCGCGUCUUCUCCUGUCUCUUGUCUUCUCUUUCUGGAACAGCUGCUGCAGCGCCCUCAACUUCAGCACCUGUAUGCGUUCCAGGCUCCAGGGGAGGCGGUCUUACGGCAAGUGUUUUACGGCUAUCUCCUCGGCUGUUUCGCCCCCGCCACCGCACCUCCUACAGAAGCCUCCCCCGGAGGUCUCAGGCUGGAGCUUUCCGCAGUAUGCAGGGAGCUGAUGGAAGCUGCGGGGGUGCCAUCCCUCUGCCUUCUGGACAUCAGUGACUGCAGCCCUAGGGAGGCUGAGGAGGAGAUUCUUCCAGGAAAGCGUGUCAGCAUAUAUAAACAAAAGACAAGCAGCGAAACUUGCCCUCAGGCUCAAACCCGAGAGGAGGCAGUGGCUCGAACUCAUGCGACAGAGGGGGGAAUUCUAAGCCCCCAGCACAGAGACGGGGAGGCGAACCGAAAAGGUGUGCUUCUGCUGCCCCCUGAUGGCUGCGAUGCUUCUGUCAGGGCAUUUUGCUGCUUCUUGCACCCAAAACUCAGGCCAAGCACUCCGUGGCUUAGCUCGAAUUCUUGCAGUGAGAGCGAGGCUGGGGGGGAUAGCUGGAACUCAUCUGCAAAGCCAUGGCGGUCCGCAGACGCGUGGGGACUGAAGACAGAAACGCCCAGCGAACUAACUCCCAAGGGUCUCGAUAACACGAGUACAAUGUAUUCCCCGCCCCAGGCUCAGAAGCACUUAUGUAGAGGGUCUGAAGAACGAAGUGUUGCUGAAGAGCUGAGAGCCUUGGACGACGAACUGCGGCCUUCUAUGAAGACAAACAGACAAAAAGGCCACCUGCUGCGGCUGCUGGCGAAGUGGCUAAGGACCCCUGCCUGGAUUCAUGGACUUGAGGGAGAAAACAGCCAAGGGACGGAAACUAGAAGAGAAAGGAGCUGCAAAAACAAACUCGAACUCUCCCCACUCCUCCUGCCAUAUGGGUCCUCAGUUACUGCCUUUGGAGACUGGGCGUCAGACCUGGACCUUGUGCUGCUGCUGCCGUUUACCUGCUGCAGCAGUGAGGAACACGACGGCAACAGUGAUGCAGCCUCUCCACGAAGGAGCGCAGCUGCAGCUGCUGCUGCAGCUGCUGUUGCAGCUGAGUUGCAGAGUGCAGGAGUGAGAGGUAGCCUUAGCUUCUCGAGCUGUUACAGCUCUCCUGCUUCACCCAAGAGAAUCUGUGGUGACAAAGCCGGAGAUGAGCUUGAGGGACAUGAGAGGGUCUUGAAGCCUCUCUUUUAUGUUCGUCAAUCCCGUUCUCGCGCGGAAUGCGCUCUAAUGCUGACGCGCCUGGAGGAUCUAAUCUGCGGAGAAGCCCAGCUGCAGAAUCUCUUCACAAGUGUUGAAGUUGUUGUUCCUCACAGAGCUCCUCCGGUAUUGCGCGGAGUCUACAAACACCCCAGAAUACCUCGAAAACGCCGCUCAAGAAGUCCUACCUACCCUGUGACAGAAACUGGAGAGAAUCCUCUUACAGGUUUUCUGAAGGUCCAGGGCCCAGCAUGCGCGCCCACAGGCCUCGCCAGAGAGAGAAAUGGUGCAGAGAAGAGGGGCUGCAGCUCAAAGGAAAUUGCACCAAAAGAGGAACCUUGGGAUGCAGAGGAAAUAAGUGCCAACAGCACGUCCACAGUUUCAUGUUCUGAACAAGGAGAAAGUAGCGAAGUUAAUGACCUGCCACCCAAGCUGUCAGAUCCAGGCUCACCCAUAGAAAGACACAGCAGGCUGGGCCCCUUAGGACGGCCCACUUGUGCCACUCAGGGGCAUCAAGAAGAAACCUGGCGCCCAUGCACCAGCAUCAAAUUUGAAAUAACUGUUGGAUGCCCCUUGGGGGCCCUAAAUACUCAGCUUUUGAAGGCGUACGGACAGUGCAGUCCCUUCCUGCCGCCCUUGGCUAGGCUUGUGAGGCAUUGGGCAGAUUGCAGGGGUUUGACAGGAACCCGAGAUGGCUGUCUCUCCAGUUACGCCUGGUCCCUCUUGGUGGUAUUCUUUUGUCUUUCCACCACUCCCCCGCUCUUGCCCCGCUUGCAGACCACUACUACUUUGCCAGCUGCGGCAACGCAGGACCAGCUCUCAAAAGUGCUAUCCCGCCAAAGUUCAGAGGACCUCCAGGCUUCUCCCAUUUGCCCGCAGCCCAGCGGCGAAGGCUUUUCCUGCACUCUGGGGGCCUCGCAGCCUAGCGUGAUGCCUCUGGAGCUUGUUGAGGGCACGCAUCACGUAUGGUUCUUGAGCCCAGAGGCUCCAAACCCCACGGGCUCCAGGGCGUUAGAUCUGCUGCGGCCAAUUUACAAGAAAGCCAGCGAGUCGCAGCUGCUGGAACGCCUGCAGCACUACAUUCCAGGCCAUAUCCUAGUGAUGCCCCAAAAUGCUAAGGCCCUCUCCACCGACAAAAAUAAAGGCAGCGAUUGCCUGCACCCAGGAAAGGGUGACAUCUCUCACAUAGGCCCACGUAGAGGCCAAUCAGCGCACUCCGUGCCUGCCGUAGCUCACGUAGCUGACGGGAAGAGACCACUGGUCAAUUUGGCUGACUUUGGCUACCCUGAAGGACUUUCCCAAUCGAAGUUUCUUCUCCCCCUCAAGCAAAGAAAGAAUCAGCGCAACACCCCUCUGCGAAAGGAAGACUGGGCUAACGUUGCUUCCUUAUUUCAUGCUUUCUUUGCAUUUUAUGGCUACAACUUUAACUCCUUUUCUCUCCUAGUGUCUCUGCAAGGAUCAAGUCAGCGGUUUAAAGAGCCUAUCUACAGACAUAGCUCGAAAGUUGACAGCGUACACACGCAUGAGACUCAAACAGGCUGCCCCGCUGUCGCCACAUGCACGGAGGAACUGCCUCAAGUCUGCAGCAGCGACGAACGAAGCAAGAAUUCAAAACUACAGGAAGAGACGGCCAGGUGCACACUGGAGUGUCAACAGGCUAUUAUGAUGGGGAAAACAGCAGCGGAGAACCACGCUGCAGCACCUAAAGACACAUGGGGCUCCGUAGGACAUAAGCACUCAACCUCCUGCCUAUUUGUAGAGGGUCAGGCCCUUGGAAGCCCCACAGAAGAAGUGCUUCAAGCACUGAGCAGGCAGCAUGAAGUCCCAGCACGGCGGCAAAGUACUUCUUUCGGCAUUGAAAUAGAGGAUCCCAUGGAGGCAUGGAGAUAUCACUGGUAUCAAAGAUUCAAAGGUUCUGAAAUGUUUUAUUACGAAGUGAGGAGAGCUGAGCGGCUACUUCGAGACGGUGUGGCUGAUGCAGGCGAGCUCCACUUAGCCAUAUCUUUGUUGGUGACUGAAGGCAGCUGCUGUUGCCGCAGCAGCUGA